AUGACGUGUGUUUUUAAGGAAAAUGAAUAUUAUGCGAUCAAAACAUUCGGUAGUACAGGAAAAGGUUAUGUUAUCGAUGAGGAUGAAGUUCUGUAUUUUAUGAAGAACUUUGAUGUUGGAUAUGUUCCUCUUAGGUUAGCCAGAUCGAAACAACUGUUAAAUGUAAUUGAUCGUAAUUUCAGUACACUUGCAUUUUGCCGUCGUUGGUUAGAUCGUCUAGUGAAACUCAUACGUAAUUUACAUGGUCGUUGUUUGGAGCCUUACCGAAUUCAUGGUGGAAAAUCUGUGUCAAUCUUACGCGGACCGGACCAAACUCGUAUGGAGGAAAAUGAAUAUUAUGCGAUCGAAACAUCCGGUAGUACAGGAAAAGGUUACGUUCUUGAGGGGGAUGAAGUUCUGUAUUUUAUGAAGAAAUUUGAUGUUGGAUAUGUUCCUCUUAGGUUAGCCAGAUCGAAACAACUGUUAAAUGUAAUUGAUCGUAAUUUCAGUACACUUGCAUUUUGCCGUCGUUGGUUAGAUCGUCUAGGUGAGACAAAAUAUCUGAUGGCCCUCAAAAAUCUAUGUGACGUGGGAAUAGUAGAUCCAUAUCCCACAAUGUGCGAUCAACGUGGUUGCUAUACUGCUCAAUGGGAGCAUACCGUUCUACUAAGACCAACAUGUAAAGAAGUUGUAUCUCGUGGGGAGGAUUACUGAGUAGCUUCGGAGUUUCCAAUUCAGGGUUCACUAUAGACGUUAUAAAUUUUGUUAUUUCACUGAGAUUUAUUUUCAUUCGAACGUGUAUCCAGGUUAUUGUUUGAUACAGCAUUUGACUAUGUCUAUCAUCAUUGUUUUGUAUUUCCAGCACAUACGAUUUUUGUUCAGACUACGUAUUCGCGCUUAUUUAGACCUCAACAGGUUUUGGUUGGCAAUGUAAACUUUUACAUAUUUAUGGUAACAACUAGGCUUUGUAAAUGGAGCCACUGUUAGGUAAAGUUCAGAGAUAUUUGAAUUUUCUUUUUUUCAUUUCUCUUUCCAUUAUUUUGUAACAUUAAUUAUUGUUUCAUUUUAGCGGG